AAAGUCUCAAGAUCGCACAUUUGAUUGACGGACAGGGUGUCGCGAUGAACUUGAAGGGACUCUUCCUCGAGUCCAAGCUCAUGGCGGGCGUGGUCGUCCUCGUCCUGGCACGAUGCGUUGACCGCGUCUUAAACACGCGCAUCACGUACGACUACCAGCAAUUUCUGUGGUAUUACUCCAACAUCAUCAACCCCGUCGCGUUCCUUGUCAUCACGUGGCCUAUCGUGUGGUACAAGCUGUUCUUUACGAAGGACAUCACGCCCGAAAUGAAAGCGUUCCCGCAUUACAAGUAUGCGAUCAUGGCGUUCUUGGACAUGACCAACAGUUUCAUGUCUGCCCUGCCCACACCCCACAUCGGGGGCAACCUCGCGAAUGUGUUGAAUCAAGUCACGUUGCCCUUCAACAUGCUUCUGUCCGUGAUGGUACUGGGGACGCAAUACCACCGCGCGCACAUGAUGGGUGCGAUCUUGGUGCUCUACGGCGCCUUCGUCUGCAUGAUUCCCCUCUUUCGAGGCGAAGUGGCCCUUAACAGCCCCGACCCUUCCUUUGGCUGGAUCUUGCUUUACGUGUUGGCCAUGCUACCUGCGGCAGCUUCCAACGUGUACAAGGAAAUCGGGUUGAAAGACGUGGACCUGGACAUUUGGUACGCCAACGCUUGGGUCAGCUCGUAUCAGCUCCUCUGGGGCGGCUUAACCUUUUGGACUAUCCAGAUGCAAGCUUUUUCCGACCCGCCGGUGGUGCUCUCCGACUUUUCCGCGUACUUGGCCUCGGCCCACGAGUGCUUCUUCGGGCACAACGUCACGUUCAACGGCGUGUCGUCCCCGUGCGACGGCGGCAUCUUUGUCGUGUACUUGCAGUACAUUCUGUUCAAUGUGCUGUACAAUACGGUGAGAGAGUGUCCACUCGUCAGCAUCGCUUCAAAGCAACCAAGGGAUGAUGGGGCGGUGUACUAGUUGAUGAUGUUCGUGUUCAAGGAAGGCAGCUCGGUGUUGUUUGUGAUCUCGUCGGCCGUGUGCUUGCCGCUCACGGACGUCUUGUACAUGCUCCCGGUCCUUGCUGGCCCGCUGGCCAAGCAAAAGUUCACGAUCUUUGACGGGUUUGCGCUGUUCAUCAUUGUGGUACGCGGCAGAUCAGGCAACGAUGGCAUAUGAGGAGGAUGGGAUCAAACUUGUAGAUGGGGCUGAUCGUGUACCAUUCCGAGCGGGAAGAGCGGGGCAAGGAGCACGAAUCCAAGUCGCCGAUGUACACAUCGCCCAGCUUGCAGCGCAUGAAGCUCAAUAUCGAGAACAAGCGAAGCGGUCGGCCCAAGAUGAGUCGCAUGCGCUCCAUGGCAGAGAAGCGCAGGCCGGCCACGUACGGCACGACCGAUGUCGUUUAGAUUGUCGUCAACGUCGGUGGACUUCGCCAAGGAUGCGGUGUCGAGUUUAGCGGAAUUCGGAGGAUUUCCUUCGCGAUGCGGAUUGGUCAAAUAAUGAAAGUGAUAGGUGACACAUUGGAUUUAUAGCCAAUGGAAUCGCAUUAUCAUCUCGAGACAUGAAAGCUUUAUAGCCAAUAGAAA